AUGCCAAUCAAUCUUGACAACAUUUCAUUCUACUCGGCUCCAGCGCAAGCUGUGCGUCCACCGGCAGCCCGAAGCACAAUAAGACAACCUCUCGGUCCUUCCUGUUCGACGAUGCGAAGAACCGUGAUACCUCCUUCAGACGACACAACGACCACACCCGAUCAGAACACGAGUCAUAGAGACAAGAACCCAUUCGUGUUCUCCCAAUCCCUUCCAGAGGCAAAUGUUGAGGGCAAAGUGAUUUCAAACGAUAUGCCGUAUCUGCGGAUUGAACACUGCCCGGCAACAGGCGAUAUGGGCCACAGCCCAGCCAAGAAGCCUGUGGCAGUGGACUUCAAUACGCACGAGAACUCGCCUGAGACGGCGGCUUGGUCUGCCAACUGUCUACCAGUCUCGUUCCCUUCGUUGCCAUCUGGGGCAUUCGCUGCGGCAAUGCUUCCCUCGCACCCAGACCCAGGUCCCCAAGCUGCCAACAAGACAGCCGACCCGGCUCUCCUUCAACAGUCGACUCAGAAUGCAUCGACUGUCAGCUUAGAGAUACCUGUCAAAGAAAGCACUCUGCCAUACACCGAGCAACUGCCCCAAAGACAUUACCUCGGACGUAACAUUUCGGCCGACCUUUGGGGCGUCCUCCGAGGGCAGAAACCACAACAGGCGCUCGUGAAGCAGUCUUGCAGCAUAGAUCACUCCAUCUCCGAGCGUCGCCCCACCGGCCUCACAACAGAGCAGUCUGCAUCGGUCGCCACGCAUCCGACUAUCAGGGAGCUGACAAAAGCUCUUCGAGAACUGCCGCAAGGCUCCAAACAGUACAACCAAGUCAAGCGAGCGAGACGGAACGAAAAGCAGAGGCUUCGGAGAGAACCCAAACAGAGAAUCAGAGACGAGUGGAGUGACAAGCAAGCCACAGACGAUAUCGAGCGUCAGAUACAUGGCAUCGGAUUUGACAACCCUGCGACGGACAACACCUGUCGACCUCAGGGCACAGCACAAAGGCAGCUGAUGAAGAAACUCACUGCCCCGAUCGUGACCACGCUCGAAGGUCAAUAUCGAAGGAGGGAUGAAGCCAUCGAGGCUGUUUCCACAUAUUGCCUUGUCCAGGAAGGAUGCACUGUGCCCCGGUCUCGCCCUCGGUCGACACCAGAGGCCGCCGUUAUUGCUCUACUUCUAAUCCGCCUGAGGUGGCCAGUUGGACCUCGCCAUACGAUCUGUUUUCAUCACUAA